UAAGCUAACUGAUUUGACUAACAUGCAAUGCUGACCCAAGUUUCCAAGUUGCAUUAGUUUAUUUAUCGAACAUCUCUUGAACCAUUUAAAAAAUCGAGAAGCAGAAGGACAAGAAUAAUAAAUAUUUACCAGCACUAGACUAAUUUAAUUCAAAAAUAGGAAUGAAGGGAAACCGAAAUCCCAAUGUCGCGGGUUAGUCACUGAAGUGCUGCGACGACACGCGAACUUGCAUAUGCACAUCAUCGACAUCAAGGUUGAGUACAAAAUGGUUGAUCACAUCGACACUGAAGGUGCGCCAAGAUAAUGAAAGCCCAUCGAGAAACUGAAAUAAUGAGCAACCCAAGUUCAUUCUGGACCCCCCGUAAAAGUUUUUUAACCAUCAUCGCAGUUGCAGUGUUUGUCUGUCUUUACACCGUAAUCCUAAGUGAUUACAACGUACACACAACUGUUUUUCCAGUAUCCCCCCGCCUUGAAAAGCUGCACUAUAGUACUCAGGCUGGAGGAGCUGCUAAUAAUACGUUCAGUACAACAACGGUGUCUCAUACACGUCAACCACCACCUCAGCCACUUAAUUCUGUCACGGAUAAGUCUUAUUAUCCCAAAAUCGGCCAGAUUCACCCACCGGCAGUGUUAAUGCGGCCAAAAGGAGGCACCGGAAACCAAUUAUUCCAGUAUGCCUGCCAUUACAACAUCGCUCGAAAGCAUAACUGGCCCCUCUACGUUAUGCUACCCAGAGAAUAUUCUAGAGGUAUGUCCAACAGAACUUGGGCGACCCUCCAACGAGAGUUUGCUCUCGACCAGUUCCACAUUCCUCUGCACGACUGGAACAUAGUGAACGAAUCUUGGAACACAACUGGCGGUCAUGCCGUUACAGAUUUUGAAAUGCUCCAGGGAGAUUAUCCACUGGACAAAGUCAUUCAACAAGGUGGAGACGACUAUUGUCAAUCAGAGGCAUUUUUCUCGUCAUACAGGGAUGAGCUAUUGGAAUACUUUGUCCAGAAGAUUGAAAUUGAUCCUAUCAAGGACUGGAUAAAGAAAAUUGAUGAAGCGGAAGAAUCAGUUGGGGUCCACGUGCGUCGUGGGGAUUUCCUUCCAAUUGGCGUAUCCAUUCCCUUGAGCUUCCAUCGAAACUCGAUGAACCGAAUUGUGGAAAGACUGAGAGGAAGAAAAGUGGCGUUUUUCCUAUUUUCUGAUGACAUUGAGUACGUCGAGAAGAACUUGUUCUCCGAGCAGAAUGAUUUUCCUAGACGAUUUGAAGUGUAUCAUGUAACGGAUCCCAAACAACCAAAUAGUUUGCAAGACUUGUUUCUCAUGUCAAGAUGUAAACAUCAGAUUAUUGCGGAUAGCUCAUUUUCAUGGUGGGGGGCGUAUCUCAACAGAAACACUCAAAAAAUAGUAUACGCCGCCCAUCAUCCCUCAAGUUCGAUUGAGAAGAUGUACCCAAAGUGGUCAAGGGCUAUGUAUACCUGGGAAUAUAAAUAUCUUUAUUAUCCAUCCAGUUGGAUUGCGGCUGACCCCAAGUUAGAUGAUAUAGAUUCCGAUGUUAAUGAAAUACAAUUAAAUAAAUUGAAGAAAAAAUUGACUCCGAGGACACAUACUUAAAGUUUAAAAUGACUGAUUGAUUAAAUUGGCAAAGUAUAUUUUUGUUUACCAUUCGAUAAUAUUUUUUCCCCAGAUUAACUACAUAAAAAUAAAUCUUUACUCGAGAUGAAACUUAUUAGCAUUUCAGAGCUACAUAUGUAUUAUUUGCAUUGCAAUUAUUCUUAUAGCAUUGGCAGAAUAUACAUAUAAAUACUUACAUUAAAUUUACCUAAAACUUGAUCUGGCUACAGCCGUCUCUAUUAUUUUGUGUGUAUGUCAAUCAUAAUUAAAAUACACAAUGCUUAAAGAUAAAUGUACAUAACUUCCUAAAUUCUUGCAUUUUCAGAGCAGAAGUCAAACUACACGAUUCUAUCGGAUUGGUUAGUUUUCACUGAUGGAAUAGCAAAAUAAAUGGAGCCCCAUGUGGACAAAAGCAGCUGAAUAUCAUAAUCUCAUGAAACACUCAAUCAAAUCAUGCAAUGAUGGAGGAAGUGGAAAUUCCAACCAUUUAUUUCUCUCCACCUAAACACACGACCCGUCGAGGUGGUCAACCCCACAGUCGUGACUUUUGGAAUAAAUUUUCCAAAUCUCAAGGAGCUACAACGGCAGUGCUAAAUUUCCGUAAAGUGUUGUUCCACAAACUCUGUGAUGACACAACAACCCACGGAGCGGGGGAUAAGGUGGGUGAGGCUCAAAGUGACCACAUGCACCAACACCAAAGUCAUCCUCGCCCUCCUUCCGCUGUUAUCAAGCCUCGUCAGAAGAAGAACCACAGAUCAAAUGCCAAGCUAAAGUUACCUUUCAAGUGGCAUCAAGUGUUGCUCCUCAUCGGCCUCCUGGCCCUCAGCUUGUUUUGUCAAGUCUCUGAAGAGUGUCCGGUGGUUUGCGAGUGCAAGUGGAAGAGUGGAAAGGAAAGUGUCAUUUGCGCAAAUGCAAAGACAAAGUUAACUGCUAUACCAAGUGGUCUUGAGCCUGGAACUCAGCUUCUUGACCUCUCAAGAAACAACAUCCAAAUUUUGCAGUCAAAAGUCUUUCAAACCCGCAACCUACUGAAUCUCCAAAAAAUAUUUUUGUCAGAGUGCAAUCUCAAGACUUUAGAAAAGAAUGUGUUUUAUAAACUGAAUAAUUUAGUGGAAUUGAACUUGAGCUCUAAUAAAUUGGAGGCAAUCCCCACUCACACCUUUGAGCAGAUACCAGAGAUAAGAGAGUUGAAAAUGAACUCGAAUCCAGUGACUCGUAUUUCAAACAACGCUUUCUCUACGCUGACACGUCUCGUGAGACUGGAAUUGUCAAGAUGUCGAAUUCGUUUUGUGGACUCGUAUGCCUUCAGAGGGUUAAUCUCACUUGAAUGGCUUAAACUCGACAACAAUCGGUUACUCACGAUUCAAGCAGUCUCAUUCUCAUUUUUGAGAAAUCUUCAAACAUUAAACUUGUCCGAUAACCCAUGGAACUGCACUUGCUCUUUACAACCACUGCGUGAUUGGAUGUCAAAAAAUAACAUCCCCUACAGUGAUCCACCCGUGUGUUCAUCCCCAUCAAGAUUAGUGGGAAAAUCUUGGAAUCAGCUACAGCGAGAGGAUUUUGCCUGUGUCCCAAAAGUACAAAACUCGGUUCUGGCAGAAACUGGAGAGUUGACAAAGGCCAUCGAAGGGGAAAAUGCCACACUCGUUUGUCGCUUGCAAGCCACUGCUGACACUCAAGUGCGAUGGAUUGCGGGUAGCAGGCCGAUUUCGAGCAGCAGCUCAUCUCGCUACUCUCUCUCAGAGUCCUUCCUCCCUGACGAUGGGGAGAAAGUAAUUCAUACGCAACAUCAACCUCUCACAACGUCAACUUCUUUCUCCGGAGCCAAACAGAGUCUGGGGACAAAAACAUCCAGAUUGACAGUAAUCAAAACAAAAUUACAAAACUCGGGUACGUACAGUUGCCGUGCUGAAACUAGGGCAGGGUCCGUGUCAGCCAAUUUUACCCUCCAAGUCAUGCAGCUUAAUGCAGAACAACAUUCUGGUCGCUUUCUCUUGUAUGGAACAACGGUGGCAGCAAUUUUGACACUCAUAAUUUGUAUUGCAAUAUUGUGCGUCGUGUUUUUCUGUGGAAAACGAAAAUGCAGCAUUUCGGCUGAGGAUAAAACGGAGCAUGUAUCGCAGAAUGGGCGAAUUUCGUCACAAAAUGGCCACUGUCUGCAAUCUCGGAAUGGUGGGACAAACGUUCCACUAUUACAAAAUCAUAACAGGAGUUCUCCCAGCUCGAAUGGUACUCCUAAGCAUCGCCCCUUAAACAACAUCGGCAAUGGACUUUUACGCAAUUUUAAUAUUGCAAAGAAGCCAGAUAUUGAAAUGACCAGGCCGCCAGUCCCUAUUAACAAUAUCCCACCAAACAGAGGUUUACUAAAUCCACAAUAUAAAGCUCUGCCCACACAGGAUGACUCUCGUGAUGUCAAUCUUGACCAUGACUCCUCUUCCGACUUGGAAGACAACGAGAUUAAAAAUGAGCCUGAUUUCUCCACUUGUAAUAACAGAAAUUCCAAAGUGUUUGUAGUGGACAUUCCAGAACCUUUAAAUCCCUCCACCUCCGUGUCUGUGAGCGCUACAUCGGAAAAUAAAUUUCCUGACCUGAUCAAUGAAGAAAGUUCGUCCAAUCGCCAUAAAAAUGUUGACAAUAGUCAAGCAGCUGUGGGAUCACCUCCAGAAAUGACGAGCACUGCAAAAUCAUCUCCUUGUUCAUCCGAAGAACAUGUCCAACCGGUGCAAACAGUAAACUCGCAUCGGCGUCCCAACUCGGAGAGCUUGUCCCAACCACCCCAGUCACACGGCCUCUCAUCCCCCCUAAAAUUGCAGUCAAAUGAACCCACCGACAACACCCCACCACCGCAAUCAGUCAGAAUUUGCAAUUCCUCCGCAACACCCAUUCCAAAAAACAGCACUUCUAACUCAAACGCCAAGUCCAAGAACGAGUAUCCAUAUGCGUCCACCUACCAAACAGCACCUUCAACUCCACCGACCUACACCAAAUUUACCUUCACACAAAAACCAGCACCACUCAUCCCAGCCCCACGCCAUCAAAGGACCUCCUCAUUUUCAUCCAGUGAAACGCACACCGAAUCUCGCCCAACUGGUCAAAAUCCAAAUCACAUUUCCUACUACAGACUGUCCAGUAAUUGUGGUCAGCAGCUCCCCCAACGACGAGGACCCCCAUUUCAGCGACGAAGUGAGCCCACGUCGCCCAUCCACCAUCCCGCCCCACAACCGUACCACCAUCAGUAUCAUCGUCACCACCACCUACAUUAUCAGAACCAGGGCUCAGAUCCAGGCCUGAUUAAUCAUCAAGCCUUUGUCGGCCAGUCUCAAGAGUAUGAUUAUCACGCUGCACAGCUUGCCGCAUUUUUGGAAGAAUAUCGCCUGCUUCAAAUGGAACUCAUGAGGAUGAGCGCCUCCCUGACGGAAAUGGACUCGGCACCCGUAACCGGAGGAAAUAAUACCAACUCCAACAUUAACUUAAACUCAGUAGACAACAAUCCGAUGAUACACCUGCACCAGCAGCAAAGACUGGCGUCAUCAUCCAACAAUGCCAAUAAUUUUGCGGACUUUCACCCUAAUCAACAACAACAGUUCAAAUCCAUCCUAAAAAGUUCUGCCCCAAAUAACAACUACUUGGUGUAAACUUCAUCCAGUCAUUUAUUAGCGUAAAACUAUUAUUCUAUUCUGUGCAUAAAAGAGAUCUGAAGAAAUUACAUUUUUGUACAUAUAAUGUGUAUUCAAUAAAUGCAUAAGGAACAGCUUGUUGCUGCUCCAAAUACUUUAGCUAAUUAAUUAAUACCAGUAAUGGGAAAACAAUAAAGU